UUUAUAAAUUAGAAUUAUUUAUUCGAAAUUAAUAUGGCGGGAAGAUUCUAAAACUUACGUGCUAUUUAGAUUCAAAACCCUUAUUACUCUCGUCGUUACAUCACAUGUACCUAGAUACAGAAUUACCAGAGAAAAUUCCUUAUCUUUUCUAACCUUAUUUUGGUUUAAAGUCUGUUUCUAAAUUUUCUGUGGUUUAUUGUUACUAAUUUAAGAAAAAUUUCUCCUCAAUUCUAUUAAAAAAAAAUUCACUUAAAUCCACGACCUAAAAAAAAAUGAGUACCUUCAAACUGAGCGACUACGACUGCAUCGGCUUCGACCUAGACCACACACUCCUCUGGUACAACGUAACCAACAUGGUAGAAAUGGAGUACCAAGUCCUCACCAAGUACUUAGUAACCAAAAAGAACUACAACCCAGAUUUUUUACAAAAACCGCUGACACCAAAGGACAUAGAUUUCAUGCAAAAAGGACUAGUGCUAGAUUUCGACCGCGGGAACAUUCUAAAACCCGACUCCAAAGGAGUAAUCCAACACGUGAAUCAUGGAUCAACUUCACUCUCAUUAGCCCAAAUAAAUUCUAUCUACCCGAACCAACGUUGGGAGUCUCUCGAUGCGUUUAUCAACAACCCACUCGAUGUCUGGGAAGGGCCUCACUCGAAGAAGAUGAGGGCUCUGAUGGAUUACUACGACAUGCCGGCUUCUCUGGCGUUUGCAAGAGCUGUUGACGAUAUAGACAGCAGAAAUGGCGGAGAAGUAGAAAAGUACGAAGCUUGGAACGAUGUUACUGAAGCUUUGACGAAUAUGUACGAAAGAGGACAGUUUAAAAAGAAUCUCGGAGAGUAUUUCGUUAAUUUGAAGAGUAAUCCCGAUAAAUAUUUAAGAAAAUGCAGCCAAGAAAUCGUGAGCUGGCUGAAGGAGUUGAAAAAAACCAGAGUUACUUUUCUGGUGACUGGAUCUAAUUUAGACUUUGCUGAUUUUACUGCCACGCACACGAUUGGGGAGGACUGGAGGUCUUUGUUUGAUGUUAUUGUUUGUUUUGCGAAGAAACCGGGAUUUUUUACCGGCUCAAGACCGUUUUUAGCACUGGAAGGGUAUGAAGAAGCCCAGGAAGUAAAAGGUGAUGAAUUGAUUCGAGGAGGAAUUUAUUCCCAAGGAAAUUGGAAGGAAUUAAAGAGCUUGUUUGGUAAAAUUACCGGAAAAUCAGAGCCUAAGUGCUUGUACUUGGGAGAUAAUUUAAUUCAAGAUGUAUUUGUGCCUGCUGGACACGCUGGAUUGGAUACUGUCGUUGUGAGUGAAGAAAUGCAUGCUGAGGGCAUGGAUCAUAUCACUCUUCCUCACCCAGAUGCUGAAACUAUGCUGUCCAAUUAUUGGGGCUCUUAUUUUUCUGUUAAGAUUAAUAAUGAUAAUAAUGGAGUAAAAAAUUUUGAGAAAAGCUACUGGAGUUUUUUGAUUGAAAAUUAUUCCAAGCUCUGUAUUCCUUCGAUUAAACUUAUUGCGCGCAAUCCGUUGGAUAAAAUUUAUGAUAGUUUUGAUAAAAAUGAUUUGACUAGACACGGAUAUUAUCCGGCUAAACCUAAUGGUCUUUUUUGAUUUCUUUAAUUAUAUUUGACCUCAGAUAUCCAUAGUUCCAGCAAUUAGCCGACAAUUAUCGUUACUAAGAGAACCAAAGCAGCAGUCAUUGAACGAGCAACGUCAACGCACAUUUAAAAUGAA